UAAGAGACAGGGAGACAGACACCGAGCCAGCUUAGCAGACAGACAGACAGUACCGCAGCUAGCGCAGACAGGCCGGACAGGAGCAGGCCCCGACAAAUACAAAGAGGGGAGGAAGAGCGACACGUAAUCUACGGCCGAGGGGGGAAAAAAACAUAAUCCUCCCCUUGUAGCGAGCAGGCUACGGCUAUCUGCACCGGUCCUGCUUUCGCUCCUGACCCUGGACUCUGGGUGAACACACUCAGGCAUAAUAACCCUUUGUCAUAAGAGAAAGAACGCGGUUUUCUACGGAGAUAAAUAAUUGAAAAAAAUGCGGCUGUGUGACUGCGCAUCCCUGGCAGUGAAUAGGAAAAUGCUGCGCCAGUGUCCCGGCUGAGAGAAGGAGCCGAUCUUUUCCAACACAAGCUCCCCGGCUUCCCCACUCUCUCUCUCUCUCCCUCUCUCUCUCCUGUCAUUACACAAUAUCGCUGCCAAAAAUUCAUCGUUUCGAACAUGUGCGCAGGGAGACAGAGUAAAAGUUGUGUGUUGGCCAAUGCGCCCCUGCGUCGGUCCCAUCCUGUUGAAGCAUGUCCCGUCGGAAACAGAAACGACCCCAGCAGCUUAUGAGCCUGACCCUGGGUGCCUGUCGGAAACUUGAGCAUGAUGACACCUCGGCACUGAAGUCACACUUCUUUUCAUUUAUCACGGAUUCUACUUUGUGCUCUUUGUCUUCUCCUCAAAGCUCCCAGCUGCCCCUUACGCUCUGUUCAUCUCUCAAGGGCUCUCAGAUCGCCUCUCAACUUACUGAGGGUCAAUCCCUACCUUGUUCACCGAUAAAGCCCCACCAGCAGCCUCUCAAAGACCUACAGCCCUCCCUUUCAUCAGACUUCCCUUACUCCCCUCUCACAUCCCACAUACAAUUCUCACCUGGCUUCAAGUUGUUUGCCAGCAAUUCCACAGCUUUUGUAAGUGCUGUUACCUACCCUCCCAGAAGCUCACAAAUGGCCUCUCCCAAGCUGGGACUAUCAGCCACCACCACAACCUCUUCUUCCUCCUCCUCAUCCUCUGCUUCCCUAUGUCCUCCACCACACCCUGGAAGCCCCAGUCGUGUGCCCGAAGGCCCUCCGAGUCCUGUUACACCUACCCCAAGCCCUGGAGUGUCAUCUGCUUCGGGUGCACCUUCUAGGACCCAGCUGAGCAUAGCUUUGAUCCUGGAGGAGCUUCGGGUGUUGCAGCAAAGACAAAUUCACCAGAUGCAGAUAACAGAGGAGAUCUGUAGACAGGUCCUACGCCUUGGUGGAGCCUCCUAUAGCAUAGACACACCUGCCCAACAUCUUCUCCCUUCUGUGUCUCAGCUCUGCCUGGAAGGCAGUAAAAGGGCAUCUAGUCCAAUAACCCAGCCAACUGCAUCUCAGCCUUCCACCUCUAUGGCUCCUCUUCUAGCAUGUUUCUCCUCCCUGCUUCCCUCCCAAGCAGUCAACAAGCCCACACAGCAAUGCACCUCCUUGUCUCAAAUCCUGCAGCCUAACAAGGUGCAGAUGGAGGAAACAGGUGGGGCAGCUGGUGCUCAUGGUUUCACAAGGGUGAGCUCUCGCUCAUCAGCUCCCUUGAAUUCUUCCUCUGUUGCCACCACAGUGGCUUCCUCCACCUAUCCACUAGCACUGUCAUUAGCUCUACCCAGUCGGUAUCUUCAUGAGAAGUCUCCAAAUACUACUUCAGUGAGCGGGCACAGUGGUCUCUCCUUCCUUAACACACCCCUCCCCACAUCAGUACCUAUAGUCCCAAACUCACAACAUGCUCUGCAAUCUGCUUCUAACGGAGGAGAAUCUUCUUCUGCAUCCAGUUCCAACAACACUGGCGGCCGUCUCCAGCAUGCCUGUCGCUUUUGUGGAAAAAUGUUCAGCAGUGAUUCAGCCCUGCAGAUACAUCUCCGCUCACACACGGGGGAACGACCCUACCAGUGCCCAGUCUGCCUCAGCCGCUUCACUACACGAGGCAACCUCAAAGUUCAUUUCCUACGGCACAGAGAACAAAACCCUGAGCUUUCGCUGUCACUUCUGCCACCGUCUUUGUUUGGGAUUGCAUUAGGGACUACUUCGGGAUCGGAUAUGGGACAAAACAUGAGCAGCAGUAGCAGUACUAGUGCCAUGAAUACGAUACAGAAGAAGCGAAAAAAUAGGGCUGAAGAUGAAACAUCUGGAGACAGUUUGGAAAUCAGUGGUUCUAGUACUGGGCUACCACUAGGGGCUUCUGGAGGGUCGACCCCAUCUUCCCUACCCCUGCCCCCGAGUGUUGAUCUAGCAUUGAUUUCCCACUCUCUCCUGCAGCUUAAUAGAGCUGCAGUGGUAGCUGCUGCAGCAUCUAUCACAACUGGCUCAUCCAACUCAUCCUCCUCAUCGUCUUCCUCCACCUCAUCUCUCGCAACCUCCCUUCUCUCAAACCCUUCCUUGUCCUCAUCUUCUGCCAUCACAGGAUUAUUCAAGGGUGCCAAGCAGCAUCACUUUGAUGAAAACACUCCUCCCCAUGCCCCAGUGCUUUCCCCUGCCGCCUAUUCCCAGCUAGCCCACCUACCUAAGCUUCUUUUCCCAACUGUCUCCACACCUUCUUCUACCCCAGCUGCACACUCAUCCCUCUACAACCAUCCAGCUUUGGGCUUGCUCCGCACCCCUCUACCUUCUGCUCCAGGCUCCCACCAACAUGCUUCUUCAAGCCAUUCCCAGCUUUCCUUUCCUUUCUCUUCUUUUCCUAAAGUCACAGGUCCACCCACAACUACCAAUGCAUCUUCCCUGCCUUCCUCCAUAGCCCCCACUCCUACAUCGGAAACCUCUAAGCUGCAAAGGCUGGUCGAGAAGCUAGAGAAGGCCCCUCGACCUUCCUCUUCUCCAUGGAGUUCUUCCAAUACUUCCAAUUCUGUGAUGGAAAUGUUAUCUGGCAGUACGACUACCUCUUUAGCAACUUCAGCAAACAGUAGUUUCACAAAUGCCAGCAAUUCUACUACAUAUGUCAUGGCAUCUCCACUGUCUUCUAGCCUUGUUACUACUUCGGUUUCAAACUUCACUCGCGAAAUGGUAGCUGCCCUAGGCAUGGGUGCCAAUGGAGCAAGUGCCAUGGCAGGAGGCAUGUUACCAUCACUGAUUACAGAUCCAGCUGGUAACCUUACAUCCAAUCAGUGUGGGGUGUGUCUACGAGUGCUGAGCUGCCCCAGAGCAUUGCGGCUGCACCAGGCCACACACCUUGGAGAACGGCCUUUUCCAUGUAAGAUAUGUGGACGAUCCUUCUCUACCAAAGGCAGUCUGCGAUCCCAUAUUGCCACCCAUCAUGCCCGGCCCCCCAAUGCACGUGUACAGAACUCUUGCCCACUGUGCCAACGUAAGUUCACUAAUGCUCUCGUGCUUCAGCACCACAUCCGUAUGCACCUUGGUGGACAAUUGCCUCCAGAUGGCACAGAGGAUUCUGCACAUGAGAUGCCAGCUGAAUCUAAAGCCAUAUCCUUGGUACAAUCUCAGUCCCAGUGCACUGACCCAAAUGCUACUUCAAGUAAUACACCUCCCCUUGCAGGCCAUUCAAAGAGCAUAGUUCCAACUCAACAAGUUAAUACUGCAACAGUUGCCUCUGUCCCUGCCUCUGACAGUAUGAAAUCAGCUGAGUUCACUCAAAAUCCAGGCAAGUCUGCACCCUCCAGCCCAGACCACAUUCCCCCCUCUGACCUUAGCCCUGACCCCUUUAUGAAUCCCACCACACAGACUUCACCACCAGGCAGUGCAGACCCCCCCGUGCUUACUGUCAGUGUCCCUUUGCCAGCAUCCCAGCAGACAGAUCAAGCUUCACCAACUGGCGAAGACAACCAAGUUCCACAAGCCACUGUUGGUUUCAAUCUUCCAAAAUCUACCCCUUCACCAUUUACUUCCAGUGUUACCAAAACCACAGAAUCACCUACUGCUACUGAGAUGGACUGUGGAGAGGAUGAAGUAUCUACCUCUUCCGAUGCCUUCCUUGGCUCUAAAUCAAACGUAGAGGACUUGCAAAGCACACCUGCUCUCGACGAUCCCUUUUCCUACACCUGCCCCAGCACCACCUCUAACCCCAAUCUUUGUGCGGGUAAUACAACAACAACCUUGGAAUCAGACCCAGUCUCUCCAAGGCCCCAAUCACCAGAGCCCAUAAAUAAAGAUAAAGAGCUCUCAUCUCCACCCACAACACCAAAGCAAGACCAAGCAACUGUGCCAGAAGGAGAACCCAAGCUGAUGUCAGCUUUGGAGGAUACAGACACCACUGGAGCUGAAGUAAGAGGCGAACCCCAGAAAACAGCCACUUUUGUAAGAGAGACACGUCAAAGCUUUCAUUUUAGUUCAUAUGGGAGGGAAGAACGGGCAGAUGGCAUAAGUGGAUUUGGCUCAAGUUCAAUACUGGAUGCUUCUGGCCCCAUCAACCUUGCUCCAACCCUCCCGUCUCCGAUGUCUCGUCCUGAGAAGAAGACCUACUGCUGUGCUGAGUGUGGAAAAGAGUACGCCAGUCGCAGUGGGCUGAAGGGGCACAUGAAGCAUCACGGCGUGGUAUCCAAAACAUCACGUCCGUCAGCCCGGAGUCGUCGUUCCUCCACUGACCAACUUCCUUCUUCUACAUCUAUGACUUCCUCAAACAUUCCAGCCACUAGGAGCUCAGCAGGCUUCUGGAACCAGUAUCAAGCAUUCCUCAACACCAGCGCUGAGCCAACUGAUGACCCAACCACUGCAGGCCGAGGAGAGAAUGAAUCGUCAAAAUCUCCUGUUUUGUCACAGAUGGAUCCAAGAGCCCACGAGGAAGCUGGGGAAGAGUCCAGCGAAGGGUCAUAACUCGCAUAGCCGUAACUGGCUGGUAAAUGUUACGGUGUUUUUGAUUGUUGUUUACGUCUUGGUGUAACUGUACGGGCAUAUCAUUAGUACUGCUUCCUUAACACAUUUCAGGUUGCCUGUCAAUGAUAGUCAGAAUAAUAUGUUUGUAUAUUUAAAGUUGUGAGUCAAUCAGCUUGGUCCUGUUGUAUUAAAAAAGAGACAGCUGUAGUGCAAAUAAAAAAAAGUAUGUAUUCAAAGUAACAAAAUUAGCCCAGUUAUAGCUGGAUUUGUUAAAAAGUGAAACUACCAUUGUCUGUCUGAAGUUCUUAACAGAGUAAAAUUUGAAACGUUUGGUUAUUAAAAAAGAGAAUGGGUCAUAAUUCAUAUUACGUUUAAACAUCCCAACAGGCUCAGAUAGAUAAAUCUGAUAUUACUGGCUUUGAGUCAUUGGAAAUGAAGCUACAAUAACCAGUUUAAACCAUUUUUGGUAGUGUUGUAAACAUGUAGACACUUUUGUUCUGUUGUGGCAUCUCAAAUCUCAUCCAUCUGGCACCAAAGGAGACUCGAGCCAACCAAAAGAAAAUAUUUUGGAAAAUACUACAGCCAACCCAUGUAUGUUUCAUAUGAAGAGAAUCAUUUUGCUGAUAAGGAUGAGUAAACAAAUUAUUGGAUCUAAAACUGCAUCUUGCUUUGUAAAAGUCAACAAGGUGAACAAUAUGAAUGUGUUACUGGGGGGAGGGGGGGUGUAUAUGGAGUCUUUUGUCCCCGUCCUGUGGCUCUUAAAACUGCUUGCUCCUGCUGUGAUUUCCUUUUCACUACCUUGUCCCGUCAAACCAGAAGCACACCUGCAGUUUUUGUGAGCCCAGUGGGGGCGCGAUCCUUUGUGUGACCUUUGCCCUUCAGCUUUGUGAGUAUUAUGAUUGUCGUUUGGUCCAAAAGUACUAUCUGUAAAACCCUUUCAGUUGCUAAAGUUACUAAAACUUUAAGUUUGUGUAUAGAAUCUAUAAGAAAUCUAUGUCUGUUUGUUGUACGCUGUUAUUUCAGUAUCUCCACAUUAAAAACGAAUU